AUGGAAAUGCUGUCUAUUGGCAGCAUCGGACAAAAUUGGUGUCCUUUCCAUUCGCUCAGACUCGUUGAUCUCCGUCAUGCCCAUGCUUAUCAGUUUUUUGUCACUCAGCCAUAUGCAAACGUGUUCUUCGUGUUCGUCAUCUCUUGUCGCGUUCAUCGGAAAAUGUAACAGGAAAGAAAAAAACGCGAAACGGUUUUCUAGUUUUAAAGUCUUCCAAAUUUUUAUAAUAGGUAAAGUCGGAAGGACCCUUUACGGCUUCCUUUGAGCGUCCGUAGGGACCGCAAAGCCACGCCCCUUUUCGCGAUAGAAAAAGUGGCUUUUUUUUGGUUUUCAACUUUCAUUUUGCUGUAGUUGCAAAAUAUGUAGAUCUGGAUAAUAAAUUUUGACACACAUAUACAGAAAAGCUUCCUCUUUCGUUUAAAAAAUAUUUCACGCAUUCCACAUUUUUCGUCAUAACUUUUUUCAUCCUCAAUCUUUUUCGAAAAACCAAACAGUUCUGAGUUUUGAAUCGAAACAGCUAUCAAACCAUACAAAGCUCAAUGCUGAAAAAAAUUUUCUGAAAAUUCGUCUGCGGUCCCUAAGCGUCCGUUAUGGAUGCGAAGGUUUCCAUUAGUUUUUCCUAAAUGGGUGGAACGGAUUGGGAAGACAGCCCUUGGCAUUUCAGCCAAGCCAAGCCAUUCAGAAAUGAAAAAAGAGCAUUUACGUGAUCUUUGGCAACUACGUGGCGAUAACACCAAGAACUAAUCAUUUUUCAAUUUUGUAAAUUUUUACUUUUAUUUUUCUGCAAGUUUGGGUUAUAUAGACUUAAUAGACAUUUCAGCAGGGAGUUUUCACUGAAACCGAGUAGUAAUUGAUUUUUUGACAAGUUAAAAUAAGGUAGAUUUUCAAUCUCAGAAGAUUUAUUUGGGCGAAAAAUUUUUUUUUUUCUUUGAAAUUUUUUAAAGACGACAUUUCCCAUUUCGUGCACACGUUUUAUACAUUGCUCAGAACAAGCGUUCCCAGAUUUUUGGAAUCAAUUUGCCAUUUUGUCCAUCUGACUAUUUGAAAAAGUCAUUUCUACGUUGUGGCAAGGCAGCCUCCACCUUUGUCCGUGACUUCAUAACCUUUCGGUCAAAAUUAAUUCACUCUGAAUGAUUUCUAUCAAUCACCUUGAUUCCAGUUCAUUUUUCGAAUUUUCUACGAUUCUCAAACCAUUAGUAAAAUCAUUUUGUUAGUUCCGGUGAGACCAACUCUCGCUAAGUUGGUUGUUUUUCGGCAUGUCUUACUCUCUCCUCUUUCAGAAAAAAAAAAACGUAUUUUUUAAUUCCCUAGAAUUUUUAUCUGUUUCGAUUUGACUCCCUCUGAAUAUAAAUUAUUCCAGGUAUGCAAAUAUGAGAACGAGUUUGAAUAGAAAGUUGAUCUCGUUCCGGAGACGAUUUCUCCCGUCGACAAGAGUCUUGCUCCUGACGGUUAUGGCGUUUGGCCUGACCGCCAUGGUUGCUCGAUAUCAUCGACUUUCGGUUUGUUUUUUUCCUUCUCUCAUUUGGUAAAAAAAUUUAAAAAAAUAUAAAAAAAUAAAUAUAGGACUCCAAGGUCCGCCAAAAUUUCAAAAAAAGUUGAUAAUGAAGGAUGCAUGCUGUCAAAUAUGUUUUUAACAGUUGGUAGUUCUCCAGGUGCUCACAUAAAGAAUAUAUAUUAUGUUCAAAAAUUAAGUUCGUCAAAAUAUAGUCAAUGUUUCCCGACUUGAAAGGCGAGGGAGGUGGGGCAAGGGGCGGGACGCGUAGCGUGUGCGUACGCGGCUCUGGCGCCAGUUCAAUUCAAUCGCCGCCGACUAUUUAAAAAGCUCGGCAACCGCUUUUUUUCCAAUGUUUUCUACUAUUUUUGAUCCAGACAUGAACAUAACCAUAUAAAUAAUUGAAAAAGAAAUGAAAAGAGCGAUAAAUAAGCUCUCAGAAUGCUCGCUGGCGGUUUAAUUGAACUCGUGCCAAGAACCGCGUAUGCACACGCUACGCGUCCCGCCCCUGCUCCGCCUCCCUCGUCUUUCAAGUCGGGAAACAUUGAAAAACUUCAUCGAAACUCGUGAACGUUGCAUGAAAAUGACACCCAAAACGCACUUUUUUGAAAUUCAUGUUCGCUUUCAAACUUUGACUGACAACGAUUAGACAAAGUGAAACAAAUAUAUGAGCCACUUCUCUAUCUUUUGGAAGUCAGAACUCGAAAAAUGAGGUUUGGACAAAAAAGUAAACUCUAAAAAAAAAUUUUAAAAAAUGAAUAGCGUAUGUAAUUCUACGAGGGAGUGCAUGCGGAGCGAACAAUUUUGCGCGUCGCAACGAUGGUACGACAAAAUCUCAAGUCCGCAAAUCUCGAGGACCGUAAUCUUGUGUACACAGAUCUAAAGUCCCAUAAUCUUGGAGACCAAAAUCUUGGAGACCAAAAUCUUGGAAACCACAAACUUGGAAAGUAAAAAUCAACGCUUUUGCGAAUAGAUUUUAUCAGAAAUUGUAUUCGGUGAUCCAAACAAGAGAAUAUAAGUAGAUAAAGUGCAAUAAAGAAGACUAAAAAGGAAGAUUUCUGCUUUCCAAGAUUGUGGUUUCCAAGAUUUUGGUCUCCAAGAUUUUGGUUUCCAAGAUUAUGGGACUUUAGAUCUGCGUACACAAGAUUACGGUCCUCGAGAUUUGCGGACUUGAGAUUUUGUCGUACCAUCGUCGCAACGCUUUUCGGAGUUAUUACAAAAACAGUUUGAAUUUUUUGACAUUUUUCUGUUGAAUUUUCCACAAUUCAUGUUUUUAUUGAAUCUCGUUGGCUCACUUUAUAGGUUGCAUUCAUUUGUUUCAUUGUUCUUUUGUUUUCGAAAAAUCGUUGGCGGUCCACAUAUUUGAAUAAAUGUUUUUUUGUUGAAAAGUUGGGGCGAAUCGAUAGCUAGAAAAUGUAUCACAAAUGGCUUUGACAAACAAAUGUCGCAUACGUUAUCAAAAUUUCAUGCUAUCUGCAUUUGGUCGAUAAAAUGUGCCCUUUUCAGAAAGAGUUUUCGGAGAGACACGAACUUCAAAAUCUGGAUCACGCAAUCAACGAAGACCGCAUAGAUGUUAAAAAGUUGCAAGAAAAUGAGGUUUCAAAGUUUUGAACGAUUCCCAUUUUGCCGAUUCGUAGAGAGAAGAAUACCGUGCACCUUCCUGCAAAUGGAAAGAUGAACCUCCCGAAGAAGCUCUCACUCAUUUUAAUGUACCUUUUCCGAUUUUUAUAAUAUUGAACCCAAAGUGUUCAGACUUUCGAUAUGUACAAGGAAUCCGUUGCUCGGCAAAUAUUAAACGAAAGUUCCAUCAAGCCGGAAAGAGGCAAGCCCAAAUCAAGUGAGAAGCCUAAAUUGCGCGUCUUCGUUCUUCCCUUCACGCACGUUGAUCCAGGUUCCAACUUUUUCUGCUUUUCCUUAUAGAAACUUUUUAAGGAUGGCUGAAAACGUUCAAAGCCUAUACGGAUAAUACAAACCAGAUUCUCGACAAUAUGCACACUUUCAUGUCGAAAAACCCCAAAAUGAAGUUCAUGUGGGCCGAGUUUGUUUUCUUCGAGCGCUGGUGGUCAAAACAAAACGAAUCGGUCAGGACGGACGUGAGAAGGUGAGGAAACUUGACACAUGGGAAAAUCCUUUUUUGUUACUUUCCAGUAAAAAGUAGACUGUUACCAGAUUUAAUUGCAGUUGCAGAUGAUAAUCCUUGCAGAUUCGUGACAGAAGGCCGUCUGGAGUUGGCCUCCGGCUCGUGGGUCAUGACCGACGAGGCCAACGCCUAUUUUCCAGUCUCCGUGGACAACAUCGUCGAAGGCCAUCAAUACCUUCAUCAGCAUUUCGGUUCGGACUUGCGUUGAUCCUUGUCUUGAUUUCAUUUCCAGGUGUUCAACCGUCAACGAUCUGGUCAAACGACCCAUUUGGAUACUCCAACUCAGUUCCCUACCUUUUCAGUAAAACAGGUUUUCGAAAUCCGAGUUCUGAAAUUAUUUUCUGAUGAAAAGGUAUCAAACGAAAUGUCAUCAACCGUAUCCAUCACUCGCUGAAACAAGACCUUCAAAGGUUGAAAGGGAUUCCUUUCAAUUGGCGUCAGUAUUUUGGUUUGGGAGGUGGUCUCAUUGAGUUGAUCAUGGAAAAGUUGAAGAUAAGAGCGGCGAAUUCGACGUCCUGACGCAGGUUCUACCGUAUACUCACUACGAUAUUCUGAACUCUUGCGGACCUAAUGCAGCGCAUUGCUGCGAGUUCGACUUCAAGGUUCAAUACUUUGCUACUUGAGAACUCUAGAGUGGUCCCUAUAUGGGCAACCUUAGGGCCCUUGAGAGGGACCCCUCUAGAAACCACUUUUCCAAUCCCUAUAGAGGCCAUUAAAGCUUGCAUUUUACCAAUCCACCUAGGGACCCCUAACGCUUGCAAAAGUGGUCCCUAUAGGGGUUUUAGAGCCUCUUUACCAACCCCUAUAGAGGCCAUUAAAGCUUGCAAAAGCGGUCCCUAAAAGGGUUUGAGUUCGUGGCCCCUUUAAGGGACAUGCUAGUCGAUAAUUGUUAUGAGCUCUAAGCGAAGAAUUGGAAAAACAAGCGUUUCCGUUGAGUGGAAUUGAAAGACCCCUAUAGGGUCUACUUGAGCUUUAGGGGCUAAGUGGUCAGAUCCUACGCCCCUAUAUGGACUACCUAAAUUUUACCCCUAUAAGGACAACUUUUUCGGCCCCUGUAGGGAUUUUUUCCUCUCUAACCCUAUAGGGACCACUCUGGAAUUCCUAAGAUUCGCAACAUUACAGAGAAUGACACAUUGGAGCUGUCCAGGUCCGAAACCGGUCCCUAUAACUAAGGAGAAUGUCGCUCAAAAGUUUGGGUCUUUUUAUUCCAAGAAAAAUAAACGACUGUCUAGAGCGGCAACUCUGCUCGGCGAGCUCGAAACGAUGAGCAAGAUGUACGAGGCGCCGGUGCUUCUGAUGAUGCACGGGGACGACUUCCGAUUCGACAUGAUCGAGGAGUGGCAUCAGCAUCACGACAACUUCCUGCCCCUCUUCGAAGAAAUCAACAAAGGCGAUCGAGCUGAAAUUUCGUUUGUUCCCGAUCCGGGUGUUGUGAAAUAGACGGCCUUUCAAGAUUCGGCACUUUUACCGACUACUUCAACGCUUUGGAGUCCUACUACAAGACUGAGGAAUUCAAGCCGCCGACUCUUUCCGGAGAUUUCUUCCCUUAUCAGUACUUAUCAAGCUGAUUUUUCUGAAUGCUUCUCAUCUUCAGAUGCGCCCUGGGCGACUACUGGACUGGCUACUACACCACUCGACCAUUUUACAAGCGUCAAGGCCGCUAUCUUCAUGUUUGUUUUGAGGAACUUGAGAUACAGGCCGUUUCUAUUCCAGUAUCUCAUCCGCUCAGCAGAUCUUCUUGUGGCCGAUGCCCGUCUCCGUCUCUCGGCCGAGCAAAUUGCCGCCGUCGACGAAAAGUUGCAGGAUUCUCGUCGCACUCUGGCUCUUUUCCAGCACCACGACGCCAUAACGGGUAGGGCUAAGAUUUGUCCCAGAGAGAAUCCGUUUCUUCUGUAGGAACCAGCAAGAAAAGCGUGAUGGCAGACUACUCGGAGCUUUUGUUCGAGGCGACAAAAAGCUCACAAGAAGUUAUUCAGACGGCUUCCAACAAAAUCCUCAACAUGGAUACGAAAUCGGUGAGAAAACUUUCAAAAACGAGAUUUGAAGCCGUACAGAUUUCUUCUCCUGCCUCUGCGAGUGAAACCGUCGCCCAAGAAGUGGUCAACAUCCAAAACGGCCAAGAAGUGUUCGUGUGACUAUCAUCGACUUCUAUUCCCUGGAUCUUUCUUCAGAUCUGUGAACGUUUACAACAGCUUACCGUAUGUGAUAGAAGACGUGGUUACGGUUCGCGUGAGCGCUUCUCGAGUCGUCAUCGUGGAGAAAUCCUCGAGUCAACUCCUCAAGGCUCAGAUCGAGCCCGUCGUUGUCAAAGGAGUCGUCGACAAAGAUUCGUAUUUGGUCAGUGUACUCUUGUUACUUGCAUCCAUACAGCUGAUUCACGGCUGGCUUGAGCCAUCGUAAAAAGGGUCCUGACACGAUAAUGCUCGAGACAGCGCCUGGCUCGUGGAGAGCGCAGACAGGCCACGCCCCUUAGAGUCCCAAGCUGGCCGUGAAUCGUCUACACUUUCUCUUGGUUUCUGAAAGAUCGCAAAAAAUGCCGAACAGAAAAAAAAAAGUGGUGCUCUCCCUAAAAAAGAGAAAACUCAUCAAGUUUUGUUAGGAUAUUUAUCCUAAAGUUUUUGCUCUAAUAGUUUUCGAUUGAUUUUUUUUUUCUGCUUGAUCGUUCAAAACGACGCCACGCGACACAUACUCAAAAAUAUUGAAUACUAAUAUUUUAGAACUUUUUUCGGCGAUCAUGGGAUAAAUAACAGCUAGAAAAUAGUUUCAUUCUUAAUAAACAAUCAAUUUCGCUAUUUGCGCACGUGUGCACUGCGUACAAAACAUUUUAUUUUCCGCCGCUGCGGUGGGCGUGGCGUCGAUUUGUUCCAGCCUCUCUUUUCACUAAAAAAUCCUCAGAGUGAAAAAGCAUAUUUUAAUAAUCUAAAUAAUUCAGCUGGCGUUUCGAGCCAGACUCUCUCCACUCACAUUCACCAAGUUUAUACUUCGCGGAGAGAAAAACAACGAGCAUACGGUAACCGCUUCGGUGUCUACGGUCGCUAGUCAAUAUGAGCAGCUCCACGCUGUUCCCAUGCUCCCAAAGUCAGUUGACAUCCAAAAAACUCGAUAAAAUUGCGCUCAGAUCUUUCGAAAUUGAUCAGAUCUCUUCGGAUGAUUUCCGUCUCAAAACAGAUCAAUUGAGCACUAGACAUGAUCCCUUGACAGGACUCUUGAAGGUUGUUUGUAUCAUCCUUUCUUAAUCAGAGCAAGAAGUUCAGGAAGUCUCGAGCGUAAACGGAGGAAAUUAUGCUGUCAAUAAUUCUUUCGUCGAGUACCUGAGCGCCUCUGGUGGAGCAUAUUUAAUGCGUGUACCACCGAGUCCGCGGGUCUGUUUCGUGUCUCAGAAAGAAAAAAGACUUGAAUUCCGUUUAGCCUCUGUUUUCGAGUGAUUUGAUGCGCUUCUUGGUCCGGGGACCGAUCCAGCAGACUGUCCACGUUUUCCAUGAGAAUAUUCAUCAGAAACUGACCGUCAAAAACGUUGCAGGCAUAAUUUUCUUUGUUUGAACCUCUACGAAAAAUAUUUCCAGGUGUUCUUGGAGCGCAACUGAACAUGGAUCUUCGUGUUGAUAUCACCAAGAAAAGGAACGUGGAAGUGAUGAUGCGACUUCAGACUGACAUGAAACAAACCUCGACCUAUUCAGAUAGUGUCGGUUUGCAGGUGUGUGAUUUGAUAAUCUCGCAUAUUCAAAUCUGAUCUCAGUUGCUCCGAAGGGAGUCCUACUCGACGCUCGCCGUCGCGGCCAACUACUAUCCGAUGCCUUCGGCUGCAGUCGUCGAAAAUAGCCGCAACCGCAUGACCGUAGCUUCCAACGUCGAGCACGGCAUGAUGGUCAUCGACGGCGGAGUCGAGAUCGCCAUUGGUUCAAUCUUUGUUCUCCGUUCUAGUUGAUAUAGUGUACGUUUAUAGACCGAAUGUUGAAUCAAGACGAUGGGAAAGGGCUUGGAAGCGACUCAGACUCCCUGCCCACCGAUCUGAAACCUGUUGAUAUGCGUUUUUCCAUUUUAUUCGAGCAGAUCACGCCCACAGAAAAGGUUCCCACAGAUUCUCUGUACAAAGUAUCGAGUGUUCCAGAAAACUCCUCAUUACACUUCCCAUACAGCUGCUGGUCAUCUCUCAGUUCAGGAUGUCCUGUAUCCGCCUUUGGUUCUUAUUGGGAAAGGUUCCGUAGAAACUGGUUUCCAAUUGAUCGAAAACCCUUGUAGAAUCUUCGGAAAUGGAUUCUCGAGCUGCCAUGUCAUCAUUGCCCUGUGACUUCCAGCUUCUCACUUUGCGUCAGAUCAACAACAAAGAACGUCUUCUGAUUAUGUUCCGUCAUCCUGUUGUUUGCUCCAAUACUCCUGUCAUUUGUGGCUCUGACAUGCAGGUUUGUUCACUUUUUCCAGUCAUAGGAGAUCAAGAAAAUCAAACACAAUAACCUUAUUAUGUUAAAUUUUUUCUCUCAGUGAUAAUCGAAUCAAUACUUAGAGUAAAUGCAAAAGUGAUUUCAGAAGCCGUUGGUCUCGUAUCUGAAGUACUUGGGAGCUAAGACGGCUCAAAUAACGAAUUUGAACGGUUUGAAACGCAUCGGGUCUCCCCUUUCAGUAGACUCUUUUCCUGACUUUGAAGUCAAGUCUUUCGACUUUUUCACACUUAUAAUCAGUCCUUGA